CACGGCCAUGACGGACACGCAUCGUAUGGCGUCGACGCGAAAGGCCUUUGCGACCAUGCCCCCCGCCCUGUACAUGAAGUACCUCGAAGCGACCAUCGACACCCUCCACUCCAAGUCGGAGCAGAUCUUUCGAACGUUGCAAGAACGAGACCGCGACGUCGGGGAGGCGACUGAGCGGCUCGCGUACUACCAAGACGUCGAGGCCACGUGCCGCGCCAACACACUGGCGCUCGAGGAGGAAGCGGCAUAUCACAAGAAGAAGUGGAAAGAGCUGGACUCGAUGCGACGACAAGACAUGACAGGCCGCGCAAACCUUACCCAACAAGUCCAAGCGCUCGAGAAACAGUUAGUCGCGAGCCAAGACGUGGUCCUGCAACUGCGCCAGCAACUGAACUCGUCGCAGCUGGAGCAGACGCAACUUCAGGCCCUGGCGACCCACCAACGUCAGCAGAUCGCACUCCUGGAAGAGAAGGCGAACGAUCAUGACACAGCUAUUCAAACGGCACUGCGCCACCAUGAAGAAGCGCUCGAUGCUCAAAAGGCGCUAACUCAUGCCUCUGAGACAGAAGCCAUGCGCUGGCAACGGCAAUGGCAGGAUGAAGUGGGCAAGACUCGCGACUUGGACAACGAAAUUGCACAACUAAAGGCGGGUCAUGCUGCGUUCGAGGCCCGCCUUGUGAGUGCCCAGAGCGUGGUGUCGGAAAAAGACAGGGUAAUCCAGACGUUAGUCGAGAAAACCAACGCACUCGGGCAACUUCUCCUCGAUGUUCAAGCGAGUCAAUCGCGGAUGGCCGAUGCAAAUGCCGACCAUGUCAAAGCCGUCGAACGGCACGCACAGCACGUUCAGACUCUUGAAGUACAGGUUGCCCAACUCAGUCGGGCGCGCAAUCAAUGUAUCGAGUGGAAAGCACGACACUGCGAUCUGUGGCACGUUGAUCGGCUCUGGUCGCUGCAACGUAUGACAUGGCUGCAGUGGCAAUUGCACAUCCAGUCCAGUCGACGGCGGCGCCUGGAGGCCUCUCAGAUGCAGUGGCGUGCCAAACUCGGCCAUGUCGUUGCCCAAGUCCGCGAAAUGAAGCUCGCUAUGGCGCCGAUGCAGGCAGUAGUAGCCGCGGCGACCUCUCAACCAUGGAUGCCCACGAUCGCAGCUAUCACGAUGGCCAUGGAGAAGGCAAUGGAGGAGCGCAAUCGAGCUCAAGAGGAGCGAAGCACGGCAGUAACUCGUGUGACCGAACUCUGUGGGGCGCUGGAGGCAGCCGAGACAUCGAACGUGACGACAAUGGCUCAACUGGCGCAGAGCCAGGAGCUAGAAGACAUCCUUAGCCAUCAGCUCCUCCACACGUCGACCCAACGGCUCGCGAUGAUUUGCUAUUACACGUGGAAAGAGGUUCACUUGCGACGCGUGGUGGGCACGUGGAGCAAUACGGCAUUGCUGGCAACCCGGGAGAAGCAGAAGGACCGUGCUAUGUCGACACCCGAAACGAGUUGGCACUUGAUGCACACUGAAUCGCACGUGGACUUUGAUGCAGUGCGCAUGCCAUUCAAGCUGCUGCGGCGAAACAAAGUGCAGCAAGCGUAGCACCGUGCGAAUAACGAACGUAUUCAGUGCUUCUGUUCAGCCCGGAGUGACUAGAGCUUCACGGCCACAAACGACAGUCUUUAUUUAUACGUGCAGUGGGUUUAAGUGCGCGAGGGGGUGCACAGCAGUGCUGCAGAGUCCUUUUUGACAGCCAUGAUGGACGAACGAUGCGGAGCGAGAUAGAUUGAACCGGGAUAGACACACUAACAAUUGUCGAUGAAAAUGACAUCGAACGGGGUGUUAAGCCGUUUGCAUCGACAGCACUUUGGCUUCGGCGACUUCGGCAGCUGGCGUUUCGAUCGAGACAAACUCGACCUCCGUGGUAAAAUCGACCUUGGCUUGACGUGGCUGGCGAGCCUUGAUCCGUCGGCGAACGAAGACGACGGCAGCAAACGCAAUCAGGACUACAAGCGCGAGAACGAUGGCGGCAAUGGACCCGCUCCCCAGCGCCUUGGAACCAGUCGACUGGGGUUUCCGGGUGUACUGGACGAGGUCCGCAGGGGCGGCACCCUUGAUUUCAAUCGAUGUCGGGGUACGGUCCGGAACGACCAUGACUGUGUAACUUGGAGAGGGGACCGUGUCGGGGAAUGGGUAGUACGUGCCGGUUACGUUUGUCGCGGCGUCCACAAGCGCGUACACUUCGCCCGUGCCGCGGUCUUCGAUCGAGAAGGAGUCGGUCGCUGUGGCAUAGAUGUUGCCCUUUUCAAGGAGGACCGCACCCGUGUCAUGGCAUCGCAUCGAGCUCAUGAACGCGCUGCCGGCGCCGCUGGUUUCGACAAAGCUCGAAUCGCACGUCCCAUCGUUGAGGUACACAACGUUGCCAUCGCCAAACACUUUGGUGAUCAAGUUGGUCGCUGUGAUGGAUGUGGACGCUGGAUCGGUCGUCGUGGGGUUUGCCCCCACAAAAACGCUGCCCGAUCCCUCUGCGACUGUGACGAGGCUCGUCGCGGCGGUGUUGCCAGCCAAAAGCAAGAUGUCACCACUUCCUUGAGAUGACAGGUCAAUCACGUCAGCGGCCAGGACGUUGUUCACGUUGAUUUGAAUGUCGCCAGUGGAGACGGUCUCCACCAUGAAGGAACUCGACCCAAUGUUGUCGCUCUCGACAAAGAUCGUGCUGGAGCCGGAGGAUUUGAUCCCGAUGUCGCGGCUCGAAUCCACGAUGAGCGUGUUGGGCCCGACAACCGUGCUGCCACCAUCUCCAGCAUGUACGUACUGCAGCGAGUUGGACGGCAUGUAUAUCUCUAACAGGUAGUCGCCAGCAACGUCCUGUCGACUAGAGAACUGGAGCUCCAACGUGUCGCCAUUCGGCCCCUCGUUCUGGUUGACCGUGAGCGCGCGGACCAGGUCGGGGUUGCUCGCUCGGAACACGAUCGAAGGACUCGCGUGGAUAGGAUCUUCGUGAAUGAUGCCCCCCGUGUUGAUCAAGGUGAGACUUCGUACUCUAGUGGACGUCGCGUUGAAAAUGGCAGGGGCAGGCCACUUGUUCAUGGU